AUGGGAGAACGCCCACGACUAGAGUUAUUUUCCGGGCUCGCCUCCCUCUAUCAAUCACGAGAGUAUUCGGACCUUGUGCUCUUCGGACGAGAAGGCUCGAGACAUGCAGUGCAUCGAGCAAUAGUAUGCCCCAGAUCUGAGUACUUCUACAAAGCCGUCAAAGAGGAGCAAUGGCGGGAAGGAAUCUCAGGCCACAUCGCCCUCCCCGACGAUGAUGAAGUCGUCCGUCUGCUGGUCGAGUACCUCUACCUCCUCGACUACGACCCCAUCGUAACCCUCCCCUCAACCACCCACUCUCACCCAGAAGACAACCACAGCCGCGACAGCAGCGACACAAUGUCCAUCCGCACCGAAGCCGGCACCUACGGCCACGUCUACGGCACCUCUGCCGUCUCAGCCUUCGGCGGCCCCGUACACCCUCACCAACACUCCCCCUUCAGCACCGUCUUCCGCCCAAGGCAAGACUCUUCCCUGACCGUCCACGCAAUGCCCACCUCCGGACCAGCAGACUACAGUAACUUCGGCACCGGACCCUCCACCAUCCAGCCUCUACGAAGACGCAAAACAAGUCGAGGGGGUAUGGUGACCAACGCCCCGGAACCCUCCCCUUUGGCGACGAAAGAUCCCCAUCUCGUCUUGCACGCGAGGAUGUACGCCGCCGCGUCAACCUACAGCAUCGGAGGCUUGAAGGCCCUCGCGCUGGAUAAGUUCAAGAUCCAGCUGACUCGACACUGGGAUUCCGUGGAACUGGCUGAGGCGAUUCAUAUCGUAUAUACAUCGACGCCGUCGUCGGACAAAGACAUGCGGGAAACCGUUGCUGACACUCUGGAUUGGCAUAGUCGGUUGCUCGACAAACCUGAGAUUGAGUUUGCGGUGAUGGAGAUCAAUGGGCUGGCUUAUUCGCUGCUUAAAAGAAGUAGGAGAGCAGAGCCGGAGUACAUGGAUUGA